AUGGCCGGAGCUUCUGAUGUUCCUCAGGCCAGCAGCAUCUGCACCCACUGUGACAGAGCAAUUCCUUCUCCCAAUUUUGACUUGCAUAUUGCUCACUGCUCCCGGAAUCUGGAAAAAUGUAAAGUAUGUGGUGAUAUGAUUCCAAAAAAAUCUGCCGAGGAACAUUUUUUAAGCACUCAUGCUCCGGUGUCCUGUUCUCUGUGCAGUGAGACAAUGGACCGUGGCAUAUUAGACGUUCACAAAGGAGAAAACUGUCCACAAAGGAUUGUGACAUGCGAAUUUUGUGAGUUUCCACUGCCUGCAAUUGAUUUAUUGGAGCAUCAGGAAGUAUGUGGGAACCGCACGGAGCUAUGUCAUCUGUGCCAUAAGUAUAUUAGACUGCGAGAGAGGCAUAACCAUGAAAGUAGCUGCACUGGUUUUGUUAAUAUCAAUGCAGAAUCUUCAAGGAACGCUCGGCCACCCGAAAGGGCUCCAAGGAGGCAGCCACAGGAGUUCUCUAAAAGGCGUCUUCUAUUUACUAUUGCAAUAACCGGGAUUGCUGUUCUCUUAGGUUCAAUUUUCUUCCAGAGGAAACCGGAGCCAAGUCAGGUCAAUUAA